GUCCAGAAGGACGCAGAUGCUGUGGACAAGGUAAUGAAGGAACUAGAUGAAAAUGGAGAUGGAGAGGUGGACUUCAAGGAGUAUGUCGUGCUGGUGGCCGCUCUCACUGUGGCUUGUAACAACUUCUUCUGGGAGAACAGUUGAGCACACAGCCCUAGUUAACAGUGCCCUUCCUCUCCAACUUGUCAAGGCAUCCCCUUUAUCCUGCCUUCUCCUCACCCGACCUGUACCACCCUAGGUCCCCAUCCUUGCCCAGUUCCAACAUGCAUUAAGGGCGCAAGAGUGGCAGUCCAGAUCUGCCACUCAUUUUAAUAAUGUCUUCUCUCUCACCAACUGUCAAUGUCUGUAUCCUCUGGGUUGGGUAUGCGUGAAUAAAGAGUGCUCAAACCC